AUGAUCGAUCAUGCGUUUAAAGAAGAACUUGCAAGAAAGCGUGAACGUGUGGAGGAUUUAUUUUAUUAUGAGAACUCAAAAGUAAGGAUCGGCCGUGGCACCUAUGGUCUCGUGUACAAAGCUACCCCAAAGGGAAACAAUCCAAAAUAUCCACAAAAGGAAUACGCUUUGAAAAUGAUUGAAGGCCAAGGAUUCUCAAUGUCGGCGUGCCGCGAAAUCGCGUUGUUCCGCGAAUUGCGACAUCCGAAUCUGAUCUGCCUUCAGCGAGUAUUUCUGACCAAUGAGAAAAAAGUUUGGCUACUUUUGGAUUAUGCCGAGCACGAUCUUUGGCAUGUCAUCAAACACCACAGAACAGCCAAAAACAAAAAGGUGCCAAUCAUGGUCCCAAGGAAUAUGGUUAAGAAUAUUCUUUACCAAAUUCUAUCUGGAAUUCAUUAUUUGCAUUCGAAUUGGGUCCUGCACAGAGACUUAAAGCCCGCAAACAUUUUACUAAUGGGUGACGGACCGCCGGAUAUGCGCGGCCGUGUCAAAAUCGCCGACCUCGGUUUCUCGCGUGUUUUUGCGAAUCCUUUGAAACCGAUGGCCGAACUUGAUCCGGUCGUCGUCACUUUCUGGUAUAGAGCUCCAGAGCUUCUUCUUGGCGCGAAACAUUAUACAAAAGCUAUCGACGUAUGGGCGAUAGGCUGCAUUUUCGCCGAGCUGCUCACCGCGGAGCCAUUAUUUUUUUGUAAAGAGGAAGACAUUAAAGCGCAGAAUCCGUAUCACUACGAUCAAGUAAAACGGAUAUUCCAUCUGCUCGGCUAUCCGUCCGACGCGGAUUGGCCGGAUAUGAAAAAAAUGCCGGACCAUCAGCGAUUAUUGGCCGACGCGCGAGCUGAGGGGACGCCGAUACAAACGUUUCCCAACAGCCUUCAUCGUUAUUUCGACAAAUGGAAAAUCCAUCCGGGAUCGAAUCCCUACAAAUUGCUCGUUCGACUUUUAACCGUUGAUCCCAACAAGCGAGUGUCUUGCAAAGAAGCCAUGGAGGAUCCCUACUUUAAAACCGAUCCGAAGCCGACCGACGAUGUGUUCAAUAAGUAUCCAAUACCAUAUGCGAAGAAAGAGCAUCUGCAGGAAAGUGAACUAGCGGCUACAAAAGCGAAGAUCGACGCAAUGACAAAUCAAUUACAUCCGCCACAUGAGCAUAUGCAUAUGCCUCAGCAUAUUCCUGUUCAACAUCAACAAAUGCACGACGAGCCAGCCAACAAAAUGAUGAGAAUGGGACCACCGCAAGCGAGUCAAAGGAUGCCACCGGGUUAUGGUCCCGAUUCGUGGCAUCCUGGAAUGAAUCAACAAAUGCGUCCACAUGUGAUGCCAGGACAAAUGGAAAUGGGCAACAUGAUGGGCCAACCGCCCAACUACUAUAGAGGGCCCGGAAAUCCGCAAUUUAUGACACCGCAACAACAACAGCAACAACAAAUGGGAAUGAUGCAAAUGCAUCCCAAUCAGAUGAUGGGACGAGGCGGCGCUGAGCAACAACAAUAUAUGCAAAAUCAGCAAAUGAUGCAAAAAGGACCCCAACAUCAACAAUGGAAUCAGCCGUUCCGCUAA